GCGCUUUUAAACGCGUACAUUUGUCGCGGCGGCGUGCAAGGUACGCCAUCGCGCCCCUUUUCCUGACAGUCGACAACCUCGUAUAAUGCGUCUGCAUGCGAUCUUCGAAGUCGACAGUCUUCUGCGCGUGACAACGUGAAAACCUGAACUUCUGAAUGGUGAAACCGGAGUGUCUUUGUGGUGCACUGGGUUAUCUUGGUUUGAGGUGGUGACAGCGAGCCAGUAUCUUUUCUUGUCCUUUUUCUUUUUCUUUUUUUGCCUGAGGAACGUUGGUGACCACCUUGGAGGAGUUCGAAAGAAACGUCCAAGCUGUCCUGAUGCUUUGACCGGACACUCCUUGAACCGCAGCCGAUGAUCUUCCUCAACAAACUCUCGUGCUUCGUUCAGUGGUGUUGUGCCUUCCGUCUACACUAAGUUCCCUUUCUCGAGCUUCAAAUCUACGUGUCUUGACGUUUCCGGAACCUGCCUUUCCUGCUGCAAUUUCAGCGCAGCUUUAGUGCCAAUUUUGUCUCGAUAGCCGUUCGAACGUGUUUGCAUCGGUUGUAACAAGACAGCUGCGACAUCAACGUGCCCAAUACUCAGGGAACGUGCUCUACUAGUGGCCGGGUUGCUUGUUAUACAGGGCAUUUGGCUUGGCGGCUCGCGAAGCCAGUAGAUGGCCCUGGAAGAGCGAAAGUGUGGCCGUGACGUGGUCAGUUUCCGGUGUCUGCUGGGGGUGAGUCGCUCUUGACGGAUGUGGAGCGCCGGGGCUGCCGUUGGAGGGAGGUGCACCAGGAUGGAUCAAGUGGACCUCAGCCACCUCAGCCUCGCCGAGAAAGAGGCUAUCCUCAUGGUCAUCAAGCGGGAUGAGGCGCUCCGGAAAAUGGAAGAGAGGCGCAUACUGCACCUCAAGGCAGAGCUGCAGCGACUGCGCAAGCGUGGCGCUUUGCGGCCUGGCCUGGAUCCCGCUCGCAGCUGCGGCCGAUGCCUUGCAGCCUUGGGUCGGAUUAUGAACCGUGGUGCUCCGUGUCCCGUAUGCCACAAGAAGGUGUGCCGGGAUUGUCGCCUUUACGAGCCGGGCGCCCAGGAGGGAUCGCAGGAUUGGCUCUGCGUCGUGUGCCAAAAACAAAUGGAGUUAAAAGCAACCUCCGGCCAAUGGAUGCAGGACCUCUGCCGCAGAUCAAGCCGGCGCCGCAAACUGAACGGUCCCUCCGUCACCGAUGUAGUUGGACGAGCUCUCAGUCCACCGCCUUCCCAAGCACGGAAGGCUCCUGAAGCUCCCGAACAUGCGACGUCGCCGCCGACGACAUCGGCCCCCUGCCGAUUUCAGUCUCCCAGUUCAUCAUCCACACCGCAGCCUUCACACGAUACUCCACGUCGCUUCCUGCCAGACUCCCCCCUGUCCUUAAGAAACCAAGACAGCUGUUCCUCAGAACCACCGGACGAAGACUCCUAUACUACGCCCUGUUCCAGAACUCCUCCCCGUCUGUCCUCCCUGACGUCUUCUACGUCACCAGGGAGCGUCCGGUGGGCUCCUCUUCGGGCGCCCCUAAGAAAAAUGCCCCGGCAAACGUCGUUGUCUUCGUCGAGUGACAGCCUGUCAGCCGAGUCCCCCGUGCACGUCGAAUUGGACAAGCCAACGGAUUCGGUGGACCGGUGUUCCCCUGUUGGCGAGAAAGUGCCUCCGGUGCCUUUUCCACGGACGAAACGCCAAGCUCGGUCCCCCGAUAAAGGUUCACCGUCUCCUGUCUUGUCUAGGUCAAUGCCGCAACAGCUUCCCCUGCCAAAGCUUCCGGUGGCUGUUUCCUUGUCAGCACCAGCGUCACCGGCGUUCAAACAACGUAGUAGAAGUGCCCUUACCGUAACUUACAGCAGUCCUCCGAGUGUAGGCGAAGAUGGAGAUCUACAUGGUGUGCCCAGGGGUGUUCGAAAGGGGACGGCUCCCGAGUUAGGGGACCUUCACCGCGCCAAGGAGGCCGUCUUCAGGAGGGUGACGAUCAAGAAGAGCCUUGGCGAACCGGACAGCAAUCACGAAUACGACGCCGACACAACGAACCACACUCCCGUCGCCGAUAUUAACGCAUCUAACUGUCAUUCCUCUUACCCCUUUCCCGUACCUCCUCCUCUCAUCUAUGACAACAGCGACCCUUCUCUGUUGCACAGAACCACUAACGUCCCUCUAACUCUACAGGCAACUUCUUACACUAAUACCUCCUUGCCUCCCAUUAACCCGUGGUUCCACCGACCCCAGCUCCCGUCGGAUCACCUGGACAGCAGCCCACCUUCGCCGGCCAUCCGCAGACUGAGCGAACUUCGAAAGUCCCUCCGACUUCGGGACAUCCGGGACCUACAUCGAGCCUCGGACUCCGACACCCCAUCCAGACCGACGAGCCAAAACAGCUUCGACAGCCGCAUCUGGCAGUUGGACGACUCCGACUCUGACAUUCAGUUGGGACUCAAAGACAAGGCCCUCUUGCCCGACGAUUUUAAACUCGUGUUCAUCAGUUCCGACUCCUCGGACGACGAAUCUGACUGGUGGGGCAACGGCGACACAACGUGGAAAAUGGGUCCGCAAUUGGAGGACGACUUUGGGGAAAUUUACUUUGAAGACUCAGACUGGGAAUUCUCCUCCGACUCUGAUGGUGGGGUUAGGGUAUUGUCGUCCGAUGAAACAUCGUCUUCUGGAGGCGCAUGUUCAGAAGCAGAAGAUGUCGUCGUGCUUCCUCCAGACGAGCUGGCUUUCUGGAGCAAUUGCCUUCGAGGCGGCGGCGGCAGUAGCAGUGGGGACGAGGAAACGCGCACGAAAAUGUGCCCUCGAACGUGUAACCAGAGGCGUUGGAAAGAAAACGGGCCGGAAACCAGCGAAGCGGAGAGCCAGCACCGCCCAGGUGUUGUUGGCGUGGGAGUGAAUAAGAUAUCGGAGUUGGACGACCCCGAGCAAAGGUCCUUCGACAGCGGAGAGAGCCGCGCAAAGAUUUCAGGAGUUGGAACGAGCUUAAUGGAGGCGGUGAAUCGAGGAACCAGUCCGCCUGUUGUGACGGACGGAACGGCCACGAUUGCCGAUGUGGGAAGACUGCACGUAGGGGAACCGGACCGAGGAGGCCCUUGUUCUCAGGAGGCGGCGAUACGCUUCUUGCCGCGGCCACCUGUCGUUGACUCACUACCGGAAGUGGGCGAGGGAAACGGAACCGACGCCAUCGGCGUACACUCGCCAGCGGAGUCGCAGCUUUUCAACAACGAUGCGAUGGUAGACUGUGCUUCGUCGACACAUUUCGAUGACAGCGAAUUGCAUACCGAAGGUAAAUUUUCGGGACGGGAUACCGCUGCGUGCGGAGACUGCUCAACGAAGGCGCUCGAGCGCGACGUUGCAGCGGACAAUGAUCCGAGUCGGACGCUCAAGAUGGCCGACGCUCAAGGGGCCGAGAGAAGGGAAGUGGGACAGCAAGAAAGUUGGUGCGCCUCCACAGAGGAAGGCAUCGACUCACGUAUGGCCGCGAAUGAACUUGGUGGGUGUUCAACAACUGGAAAAAGUGAUUGUGCAAGCUCGGACAACGCGACCAAGGACGAUUCCAAAUCUCCGAGCGGUCAACUCCGAAAUAGCAUUGACGUCAGCGACCGAAGCAAAUGUGACCAAGGUUCGGCUCAACAGGUGAUUGCGGAGGACGCGUCGGGCGCAAAGUUGGAUACCACAGAGAGUGAGGAGUGCGUCCGUGCAUCGGAAUAUGUGAGAAGUGAAUUCUGUUCUGUGAAUGAAGGGAAAACGGACAGCGAAACGGCGCAUGACCGACCCGUGUCUCCGAAGCAGCAAGUUGAGGGAAGUUUUGAUCUCGAAGGUAUGGUUGUUUCCACGUUAGAACGGUAUUUUACCCAGGCCCUCGAAAGCUCUGAAAUUAGUACAGUGCGACAGAAUUCAUUGAGCGUAACCUGGAAACGCAAAGUCAAGAACUGCGAUGAUCCCAAUUCGGCAUCUCGCGAGGGCGCACUUCAGUCAAGCGAAGCGAGCGAUGCGUCCUGCGACGAGGAUGAAGAGGCUAUGUUCAGCGAUGCUUCUACAUCAUCGGAUGACGCUAUGUAUAUAUCUCCCAUUCCGAAGUUCAACGCGAUGCAGUACGGCAAUCCCUUGUCGUAUUCACUGCACACAAUACUCGAAGAAAGUUGCGAAGAAAGUGAGAGAGGUUCGCGACCAACGACGCCGCCUGCUAAAAAUCAGUCUUCGGAGCUGGAGAAAUAUUUCAGUUUCGCGAUUGGCAACGCGACGCUGGAGGAGCUUCAUAAAAGGUGGUCCGUGGCAACGAGCGAGGAAUUCAGUGACACAAUUUCAGAAACGUCGGGUAUCGAUGAUGUCGAAGUAAUGGAUGAGGAUCCUGCCAUAUUGGCGUCGUCACGCCUGGAGAAAUAUUUCACAUCGGGACUCCUCGGGGCAGGCACGUUCAAUUAUCCUGACGAUGCGGAGUUUACUGAUGAAAGUGGUGGUGUUAGUAGCGAUGAUGAUGAUGAUGAUAAGAAUACGAAUUCCGCCGGUGGCAGAGCAAAGAGCAAAGGUAGCAAAACUUUGUUUGCCGAAGAUGAACCUUGCAACACCGUCAAACGGAAAAAGAAAGGCGAUGUUCCGUGCUAUGAUGUCCACGUUCCUUUAGAAAAUGAGAGCUGUGGUACAAUUAAAAAGAAGAGAAGCGACGGCAACACAGAACUAUCAACCUUGGAAUUGAAUCCAGGAGACAAAAGUGAUGUGCAGCAAAACAUUGGUGAAUCUUUAAGCAGCAAAAAUGGUUCUGAUAGCGCUGAUGUUACUCUGACAUCCUCAGAGUGCCCGCAGGGCCACGUCAGUGACGUGGUAGAGCUCCAAGAAGCUCAGACACCAGCAGAAUCUCCUUCGAGGUCGAUGUUGUCAAGUGUCACAAGCACAGCCGCCAGCUUAGAUUCUAGGAGGGACAGUCAGUCAUCAAUGAUGGAGUCCUCGACAUCAGGCAUAGAAAGCAUGUGCAGCAGUGUCACCAGCCUUGCAUUGUCAUCUGACUUUUCAAAGGAUCUAACAGUGCCCGUGGGUCAGGACAAAAGUGUCCUGCCGCAAGAUGGUGUUGAAAACACAAGAUACACUCUGUACACACACACAGCAGCAGGUAUAGUGUGUUCCGAAGGGAAUGCAGGGACAGUGGCUCCAAUAAUGAACAGCAGUAAUAAAGGUAUAGCAAAUGACACCAAGGACGAAGACCCUGCGGACGUGACCAUUACCGCAGAACCUGAUGACUCAAUCGACAACGAACCUGUCCAUACCCACAGCCGUUCUUCGUCUACUGGAGGAUACUCGGACGAAGAAGCUGCGUAUAUCGUAAACCGUGUGAUAGCUCACAUUUCGGGAAUGAACGAGGACGAUACAAAGAUUGACGAGAACGUUCCACCCUGGAAGGCCCUGCUCGAAUCUCAGAUCACGCGUCUCAUGCAAACCGUGUCUCCAGCUGCUCUCUCUAGUGAGAGCAGUAGCACAAUCGGGAGCAACAAUAGUGACUACGGCAGUGACACCCUGGAGUCCGGCAGCUAUACUUCGACUGACGACGAAGCGUCUCCGAAACCCAGGCGGCACGUCAAGACGACAAGAACACUUAGCAAGAGGUCCCUUUCGCUGGAAGAUAACGAGAAGAUGAUUGCCGACAACGUGAGUGGCCACAGCACGGACUCCACUAUCUCUGAAGAGACUAUUUUCAUCUGCAAGCAGCUGAUGCAGUCGCUGAAGAAGUUGUCGGACGACCGCGCAAGCAUCGAGUACAAGGCAGUUCCAGUCAUCUCUGACCAUAAUCACAAUGAUUAUGAAAAGGCGCAAGAGUACAUUCAAGAUCAGAUUGUAGCACUCAUGCAUACCGUGAGUGUCAGCUGCAAUGGAUCUCCACUGAGGGAGCGGCGUGGCAAGAUACAAUGCCCGCUGGGCGGUUCAGCGGAGUGUUCGGACAUUGAGUCUCCAAAUCUUUCUGAAAAGAAAAGAUCCCUAGGGAAGACCAAGACCCCGUCUGAGUCAGGGUCCGAGACUGUGUCGUCCAGCAUCAGCAUUCCCAGCUACGACUCUGACCACACUGCGACCGAGUCUGAGGUGUCGCACGAGAUGGACGAAUUGUACAGUCUUCUUGAGUCAUCUACACUGGGAGACAACAUUUCACUUUCAAAGCUGUCCUGCUGCGAUGGUGAAGAGUCGAUUGACCACUUCCUGUUGCCUCCUUCUGCACAAUUUGGAGACCCCGAUCAAGUUGUGAGUGAAUCAAAUAGGCUGCAGUUCUCCGAGCAGAAUUGUGACCUUCCUAACCACAGGGACGAAGAAAAGCUUCCCGGAAUGUUCAGCAUGUCAAGCGGAUCAGUUGGAAAGUGCGAUAGCUCCUCCACGUUGACUGCGGGGUCCGACUUGGACUUUUGUGGCAGCAUGGAAACUGUUCUUGAAGUGGGGCCGAAACCAGAAACUGUCUCGCCCGAGCCAAGCACAUCUCCAACGGAACCCAGUGCUGAUAAGUCACGAUCGGAAUCUUCAUUGUACAUAAAGGCACGGAAGGGACUCAGUCAGAGGCGACUUAUUGUUACGAGGAGCAGCGACAACCUUGGCCCGUACAAACGUUGUGAACUGCAGUUGUUCCGUCCGUCGAAAUCCGACCACUCCUUACCAGAUUCUGCAGUUUGUGAUGAUAAAGAUGACAACGGCUCUGAAGCCAGUACUACGGACGAUUCUCUACCCUCGAAGCGCAUGUCUGGGAAAGAAAAAUCUUCCAGUGAGAAUAACCUCUUCCUUGCCGACUUUCCGAAAGUUCGUCCACCGCAGAAGGUCUCAGGAACAAAGUCUGUGGGGAACAUCGCAGAUAUUGAUGGUACCCACGGCAGCAAAAGUUCUUGCUUCCGUGAUACGGGUUAUUAUUCUUUCAAGUCAUCCGAAGAGAGUGUCUUGAGCUUGGAAGAGCCUGCCAGCCGUCCUGCUUCAGCUUCACUCACGAGGCAAAAGUCUGUCCCCUCCUCAGAUACAAUACCUGAGGUCGAAGAAGAGCCCGUCCGUCCUGCAAGGAGCCUUCGACCAAGUUCCAACUGUUUCAGCUCGAGCAACAUUCCAGAGACUGUUCUUACUGACUGCAAGUCGAGCACUUUACCAUCUAGUCUUCGUAGCAAAGUGUCCCGACCUUCGCCGCACUCUUCUUCUAUGGUUCUUCGGCAGAGGCAUUUCUCAUCCACUUUUUUCUCCACUUCUGGUGUCCUCAGGAAGCUCACAGCCCUCAAAGCUGAUGACAGCAGCGGUUCUCACCGUUCCUCUCCAAGGGGUCGCCUGAGGGUAAGAGGAAGGCACUCAUCCGGGGGAAGUGAUGACUCUGCAAGGGCAAUACCUGUAAUCAAUGUUGCUGCUGAAGAGGGCUCACUUAGUAGGGCCAGCAUUGACAGCAGUUGUGCCGAAGGGCCACACGAUGAGAGAUUGGACAGCGUGUAUCCAUCUUGCAGCAGGAGUCAGACAAGCUUAUCAUCCAUUGCACCAUCUAGAAGUGAAAGCAUGACAAGUGUCUACAGUGCUGCAGGCCGGUACGGCACAGUUGUGGUGACAGGUGAAGCCCAGUUCAGUCUUGUGUACAAUCCUAAAUCUGGAAUGCUGGAAGUCCACGUCAAACAGUGUCGUGGCUUGGCCCCUGUGGACACAAAGAAAAAUAGAUCGGAUCCGUACGUUAAAGUUUACUUGCUACCAGACAGAACAAAAAGCGGGAAACGUAAGACGAAGGUGAAGAAGAACAAUCUGAACCCGGUGUUUGAUGAAGUCCUUAAGUUUCGUGUCACCAUGAGCGAGCUUCAAGCACGUGUGCUGUGGCUGUCGGUAUGGCACAGCGACAUCUUCGGCCGUAAUGACUUCCUCGGAGAAGUGAUGCUACAGCUGAGUGAACGUGCUUUCAAACAGACUGACUCCAAGUGGUAUCCGUUGCAAGAACGGAGGGAAUCUCUGGAAACGCCGUUGAGCUACAAGGGUGACCUGUUGUUGUCACUGAAGUACAUGCCUCCUGAUGUGACUAAUUGGGCUUCCAAGCUGGGAUCUCUGCAUGUCCUUGUGAAGGAGGCACGCAACCUCAUGGCAACCAGGUCCAAUGGCACAGCAGACCCCUUCUGUAAAAGCUACCUGUUGCCAGACCGCAGUAAGUCUGGGAAGCAGAAGACUCCAGUGAUGAAGAAAACCUGCAAUCCCAAAUGGAAUCACACAUUUGUCUACAAAGAUGUCUCCUUAGAUACGUUGAAGGACCGUUGUCUGGAGCUAACUCUUUGGGAUUAUGACAAGUACAUCAGCAAUGACUUUCUAGGAGGUGUGCGUCUUGGUACUGGCACAGGGAGAGCGUUGGGAGCAGAGGUGGAUUGGAUGGACUCUCAAGGCGAGGAAGUGCUGUUGUGGCGCACAAUGCUGGAAAAACCCAACACGUGGGUGGAAGGAAAAUUGCAGCUGCGCCCCAACCUCACAUCGAAGCGGUAACAUUGUACAGGGGAAUGCCGAAGGAGUGGUGGGGGUAACAAAUGCAACACAAAGGACAAUAUGACCUGACCAAGCCAAAGCUCUUUAGCGUGUACAUAGACAGUGAUGGACCAUGCUCGGUUAUGUAUGUAUGAGCAGCCUCCCUGUAAAAGAUUUUUGCUCUUUUUGUAAAAAAACAUAUCAGGAGGAACAAAGUUUCAGAAAUGCAAAUGGAAUGAGUGAUGUAAUCGUGAUUGUGUUGCACAGAGAUAUGAAGGCGGUCCCUGCUGCACAUGGAGUGCUAUCAUCUUGGAUAUAUUCCCCUUCUGAGGAUGUGCUUUAACGUACUGUACUGAAGACAUGUGCUGUUUUAUCAUGUACAGAAACAUUGUGUAGUGAUAAUUUACUCACGCAAACAAGAAACGAAGGCUUCUGUUUCAUCAGAUGCAAUGAUAUUGCUACUUCUUGUUUUUAUGUAGCCUUUUUGUUUACUAUAUUGCUUUUAAGGUGUCGUCCUGAGUUAAAUCUUGUGUCUUCAGAAUUAUAUAUAAUUAAUCCCUUUGAAGUUUAUACCCCUCACAUUGUAUUCUGACAGACGUUGGAUAAACACAGAACAACAGUACUGUUUUUUUAUAUCAGGUAAGGUAACUGACAAGGUUAGUACGUGCAGUUGUAAAGGUUCGCAAGCUAAACACAACAUGUAUUUUGGGGGGAGGGGGGGGGGUGAAACUGUUUUGAGCUCGGUAACUCUAGUCAGCACUGUGGUUUGAAGGUAAAUACUGCUUUUACAUAUGUAGAGGAGCCAUCAUCAGUUUGUUGAUAAACAUGUGAUGAGCACAGAGCAAACUGUGGUUCUCUCUGCAGCCUCAAAAUUACUGCGAAUUCUUAAAAAUUAUUCGAGUGACUGAAAAACAGGACGUGACGUGACAUGACAGUGCAGGAGUUCCUUCACUUUCCUAGGAGCUUUGGGACAUAAAACCUUAAACCUUUUGGGACAUGAAACCUUAGAAUGUUGAAGUAGGUUAACAUUGUAUUGCACCUUAAUGUGACUAUAUCAGUCUUGCAAAUUUGAGACUGACAUGAAGCUGACGUACAAGUAAUUAACUCACACUUUACUUGUGCAUUCAAGGUAAGCUUUGUGCAAAUACUGUUUUGAACCAGAUGCUGGAGUUACCUAGAGAGGAUCCUUUGCAGUGUUGAAUUCCUUGAAGAGCUUCGAUCACAGACUUAGAAUUACGUGGUGACGUUAACGUUGCCUCGAGCUCGAGGUAAAACGCAGGACGAGAAAAAAACACGACAGACACAUUUCGUGAGUUUGUGUGUUGUUCUCGUCCUGCGUUUUACCCACGACCUACUAGAUGAUAACGACCAUGUCAUAGGCACCCCUUCCCAGCACCACGUUUGGAAGCUAGCGGUGGCGCUGCUCACUGGUCCGGUUAUUGCUUCCUCAAUUUCUGCAAUAGUUUGUACUUCAGCUUACCUUAGUAUUUUUGUACAAGCGGUGAACGCCCGCGGGAGAUGCUUCUUUCUAAAGUUGAUUGUCAUCAUCAUUCUACGCGAUUUCAUAGGAGCUGUUGCUGUCGUCUGCUACGGUAGUCGUAAGUCCGCUUCUGCGCGUUCAAAAUUCAAAUUUCCAUUGUCCGAUCAUAAUGUAGAUCUCGCAGGCUGUUGAGUGGCACCCCGAACGGAUCGUGCGGGUGGGCUCCUCAUUGGGGUGGCCGAUUAUGACGUGGUUUUACCUCAAACUCAAGGCAAUGUUAACGUCAUCAAGCCAACGCCAGCUAGCCUGCCUACUCCAGUUACGUUCACAGUACAAGUACUGUGUGGUAAGUACGCCAUCCACAGCAGCACAGCCUUCAUUACUCUGUACAAUGCCUGCACGGUCAUGGUUGCGCUGUCAAGCACAGUUUUCAACUGCUGUAUAAAUAGUCCUUAAUUGUAUCAUGUCUGCUAUCUUGUCUGCACACCCUGAAAGAUUUUAUUCCAUGUUCAUAUGGCCUUCCAUUUCACUUGAGCUUACAACCUACUGUGUCGGCCUUGCUGAGUAGAUUUCACGGUGCAUUGCUUGUGGCAUGAGUCCGAUAUUUAUUUUCUGACUGCAACACGUGGCAAAGCUCACGUCUCAUCUCAUUGCCUGUACUACUAUAAUGCCUAAAAUGUUGUGCCUGUUAUUGCGUCGUCACAUUCUGUGUUUGAAAUGCUAUGUACUAACGGUAGGCCUGUGUGCCGCCCUCUCUAGUUGCGAUCACUCGAAAUGAAAUGCAGAGCCUGUUUGGCAAGUCUGCAUGGUAUUGUACAUACAUACACACAUUCCUAUAUAAAGCAUCCGUGUAUAGUAAUUGCCAAACUAUGCUGUAAAGCUAUACCUGUUGUACUCGAGUUUAUUCCGAUGUGUGAGGCUUACAGAAACUGAGCAGAUUUUGAACCUUUUUCAUGCUCUAAAGAAUGUUAACUUGCACCUUGUUGCAUAUUCUCUUCAAGAUGUUAUUUUAAUAAAAAUUGCAUAAUUUUUCAUAAC